UUGAAAUAAAAUAUUUGUGUUACUUAAAAUCAGCUAAGUCAUGUAGUUGUUACAUAAGCUUGUGUAAUGGAAAUUCACUGUAAUGAAAUUCAUUGUCAUAAAACUUUUCAAAGAGUUCAGCUCUCCCUUUCCCCCUCAAAGUGUAGUCGAUAUUAUGAGGGCAAAAAAAAUUCCUCCUUGCAGAUAUUUCAAAAUGUUCUAUUAUUAAUAGUGUGGUGUUGCCUUAAUUUGCCAGAUUUCACUGUAGUCUGAUCCAAAUGUUUUGUCAGGGAAUUAAAAUAAUGAAUCAUAACUUUCUCACAUGCAUCAUGUAUUUAAUAUGUUAAGUCUUAUAUGUAAUAAGACUGAUUACAUUACUACAUAUGUGAGGGGCACAUAGGAAUUUAGAGAGGCCCAUGUUCCUUUAAAUACAUUAGCUUAAUGAACUAUAAAGAUAAAGAUGCUCCACAGGGAACAUGGUGGUUUUCCUUUUCCACUUACUGUUUUGCAAAUAAUUCAAGAGCUGGGCAAACUCUUUUCUCAUAGAAUUCUCUUUUUCUGCCUUAUGGAGAGGUAGCAGGUUUGGGGACUGAGGAAGAGAAACAGGGGAGAAAGCUUUGUAACCUGGGUACAUCUUCUCCAGAUGAAAUUAAUCGUAUUAUUAGACAAACUGCUUCAGCAGCUGGCAAAACAGCAGGAACACGUCGAUUCUGCUUCCUUGGUUACAGGGAGUGAUAGUACACUUGACCUUCAGAGGAGCAGGGUCACAGAGAGGGCAUUUUUAAACAAUUCUGUCUGGUUUCAGUGAUUGGAAUCUUCACUAAUGGAACCUGGAUGCAAAUGUCUGUGAAUAGAUUGUAACUGACCUCUGUAUUCUUGUUGGAUUGUUUUGGCCUGAGAGGUUUGCUGAGGAAAAAUGUAAAUAAAGCUGCAGGAAGGAUUUGACACUGUACAGACUGUUCAGACUUCAUUAUCUGAAUCUCCAGUGAUGACCAGCCCCUCUCAACGCAUCCAAAUUAUUUCUACAGACUCUUCUGUAGCUUCACCACAGCGCAUUCAGAUUGUGACAGAUCAGCAAACAGGACAGAAAAUCCAGAUAGUGACAGCAGUGGACUCAUCAGUGUCUCCGAAGCAACAGUUUAUCUUGGCCAGUCCAGAUGGAACUGGAACAGGAAAGGUGAUAUUGGCAGCACCUGAAACCUCUAAUGCCAAGCAACUUAUCUUUACCACCACUGACAACAUUGUACCAGGCAGAAUUCAGAUUGUGACAGACUCUGCUUCAGUGGAACGUUUGUUGGGUAAAGCUGAUGUCCAGCGGCCACAAGUAGUAGAAUAUUGUGUUGUUUGUGGAGAUAAAGCAUCAGGUCGUCACUAUGGUGCUGUCAGUUGCGAGGGAUGCAAAGGUUUUUUUAAGAGGAGUGUAAGGAAGAAUUUGACCUACAGUUGUCGUAGCAACCAGGACUGUAUCAUCAAUAAACACCAUCGGAAUCGUUGCCAGUUCUGUAGGCUUAAGAAAUGCUUAGAGAUGGGCAUGAAAAUGGAAUCGGUUCAGAGUGAAAGAAAGCCUUUUGAUGUGCAACGGGAGAAACCAACCAACUGUGCAGCUUCAACUGAAAAAAUCUAUAUCAGGAAAGACCUACGAAGCCCUCUCAUAGCAACUCCAACAUUUGUAGCAGAUAAAGAUGGGGCCCGGUCAACAGGUCUUCUUGAUCCAGGAAUGCUUGUGAAUAUUCAGCAGCCUUUGAUACGGGAUGAUGGUACAGUCCUGCUAGCUACAGACUCCAAGGCUGAGACAAGUCAGGGUGCUUUAGGAACACUGGCAAAUGUUGUAACGUCCCUUGCCAGCCUUAGUGAGUCACUUAAUAAUGGAGAUACUUCUGAAAUCCAGCAAGAGGAUCAAUCUGCCAGUGAGAUCACUCGGGCAUUUGAUACUUUGGCUAAAGCACUUAAUACCACAGAUGGCACAGUAGCUCAGAACUUGGCAGAUGGGAUGGAUCCUACAGGAGGAGGGAAUAUUCAUGUAAUCAGCAGAGAUCAGUCAACACCAAUCAUUGAAGUGGAAGGACCCCUACUUACAGAUACACAUGUCACAUUUAAGCUAACAAUGCCUAGUCCAAUGCCAGAGUACCUUAAUGUACAUUACAUCUGUGAGUCAGCAUCACGACUGCUUUUCCUCUCAAUGCACUGGGCUAGAUCUAUCCCUGCUUUUCAAGCACUUGGACAGGACUGUAACACAAGCCUAGUUCGUGCCUGCUGGAAUGAGCUGUUUACCUUAGGCCUAGCACAGUGUGCACAGGUGAUGAGUCUGUCUACUAUCCUAGCAGCUAUCGUCAACCACCUGCAGAACAGCAUACAGGAAGAUAAGCUUUCCGGAGACAGAAUAAAGCAAGUCAUGGAACACAUCUGGAAACUUCAGGAGUUCUGUAACAGCAUGGCCAAGCUUGAUAUUGAUGGAUAUGAAUAUGCAUACCUUAAAGCUAUAGUCCUCUUUAGCCCUGAUCACCCUGGUCUGACGAGUUCAAGCCAAAUAGAAAAAUUCCAAGAGAAGGCACAGAUGGAGUUGCAAGACUAUGUCCAAAAAACCUAUCCGGAAGAUACUUAUAGGUUAGCCCGGAUUCUAGUUCGCCUGCCAGCACUUAGACUGAUGAGCUCUAGUAUUACAGAGGAACUUUUUUUUACUGGUCUCAUCGGAAAUGUUCCGAUUGACAGCAUAAUCCCAUACAUCCUCAAAAUGGAAACAGCAGAAUAUAAUGGUCAAAUAACUGGCACAUCUGCAUAGUGGGAACAAUGCACCUUGGUGGAUCAAAGUAAUUUUAGUAAAACAAGUAACUACACAAUUAAGAGAGUUAAGUUUAAAAAAAAAAAGACAUUUUGGUAUGUACAAAUAUUUCCAACAUGUUACCAGUUUCCUAACAGACUGCUCCUUGUCUAUUUAUUUCCAGUGACAAAGUAUAAAAAGCUAUUAAAACACCUCCGACUAGGACCCUUUUCUGCCAUAAGGAGUGUUUUGAUGCCUUUCAUUCAAAAGGCUGUAGAUUACUGAACAUACUUUUAACAUGCUUUGUAUUUAGAAAUUAUCAAUGGGCAAAAAUAGAGUUUUAUAAUGUCAGAGAUUAGUAUAAAAAAUUGCUAAAAGAAGAACAGUAUGUACAUAUUUAAAUUUUUCCUUGGAAUUAAUAUCUAAUAAUUACCAGGAUAUAAUGAUGAUAGCACUUUCUAAGCACUUCUUGUCAAAGCGAUAAUGUCAUCAACAUUUUACUUAUGAGCAGGACAAAUGGAAAAUUGCAUAUGUUUUUGGUCAAAUUGUUAGUGAUUUCUGUGAAGGCUAUAGGAGACAAUCAUUUAUACUACAAAAUAUUGCUAUGAAUAAUGUUAUGUAUUUAAUGGUAAAGUGGAAAUUUAAAGCAAAUUUCUACACUGUUAGCACUAAACUCUGCUAAAUUAGUGAAAGUGAGCUUUAUUUGACAUAAGCAUAAUGACUAUAGUAUAAUUAGCAACAUUAAUAAAUGCUACAGAAAUUGCCCAAAUUGGAAGGCAGAAUACCAAUUUUUUGCCAUAGUAAUAAUGAAACUUUCAGAUUCCUUAAAGUUUCAAUUCCAGCCUGGCAUAGAUGGUUUACACAGUCAUGAUAGACGUUAUUCCAACAGGACGACUUUUGGUUGUGGCGGAAAUCAGUCAUUAACUGGCAGGGAAGCAAUCCUUCCAACUAGAGUAAUGCACUCCUAGUCUCUGUGUAUACUUUUUAUACUUCCAAAUUCAUUCCUUCUGUCUGCAGCCGUAAAUGACCCUCACCAUCCUAGGAGCCGAAGGGGAUGAUUGUGACUACAUUAGAGCCCAUAACGCUGCUGUCAGAUAAAGGAUAAGUGCAGAACAUGAGGUUCUCUUCCUUCCCCAGGGACUGAGCAUCCUGUCUUUGCAGUGCUACCUACCCUGUUCUGAUCCAGUUCUAAAUUGUAGCGUCAGCUGGGUUUUUUAUAUUCAUUCAUGUGCAGUUACAGUUAAUGACCGAUUGUUUGGAGUUAGAAUACUAACUAUCUUUGUUUUUAUCUUGGGUAGUAACCUAUCAAGUCGUUUUCUAGGAUUCACCUGUUCCUGCUAAUAUUGCAUUUAUUUUAGUAUAAUUUAUUAAUAUUAACACUGAAUAUUUUAAACAAUCAAAAUUCAUAAAAAAGCAUUUUGUCAGAAGAGUUAUAGCUGCAUUAAGCUGAUUCUUGCUUAUUACAUACAUUCAUUAAUUACUUUAAUGAAUUUACAUGGCAGUGUCAUUUUCUACUUGCAUACUUGUGACAAAAAUAUAAAUAAUGAGUUCAGCACUUUUUUGUUUCUGGUAUUGACAUUGAUUUAGAAACAUUCCAACAGGGUUGGUUUUUGUCUCUUAGGGGUCUGAGCUGUAGCCAAAGGAUUUUGAGCAACUCCUUGCUACUGUAUUAGUAAGUCCUGUCUUGGUACAAUUCAUCCUUAUAGUAAGGCUCUCAUUUGUAACACUCAUUCUGACAAAUAAGGCUAUGUAAUUUUAGCUCCUAAGUACAUUAAACUCAAUUACAAUCUCCAUCUUUAUAAAGUUCAGAAAUCUUGGUUCUCAAGAACAGUUGUAUAGACAGAGUGCAAUAUAAAGGCAGACAUCUGAGAUAUUGCACCAUCUUCUUCCUAGGCUUUUAUUAUAGUAAAUGAAGUUUGUCAUUUCUUUAAAAGUGACAAAAGGACUAUAUUUUGAACAUCCUUAGGCAACUGGAAUGCAGACCUAAGCCUUAGCCGUUAUAUUAUAGUAUCACUACUUGUAGGGUUGUGUCAGCACUUCCGAUAUAAAACCCCUGUUUUAAGGGUUUACUUCUUGGCCUUAAAAAUUAGUAGUAGCCUGAAUUUUAACAGACAAGUUACUUGCCUUGGAAACAGAAUUUCAAAGAAAAGUUGUGGCCAUUUUUGUGCAAAAGUGAAUGUUAGAGGUUUACUGUUUUGAUUGUUUAAAAAUAUAGCGUGCACAUUGAACUGUUUUUUGUGGGGGGCUAUGGCAAAAGAUUAGCAGGUGAUAUAAUUUAAUCACUUGUAAUGUGUAGUAAAAAUCAUUCAAACAUUCAAGUAAGCAUUUUUAGAGGAGUGUGAAAUAUUCAUAAACAAAAAGUAUACUAAACCACUGGAAAUCAACGUUUUUCCAAAUUUUAUUGUAAACUUGAGACCAUUUUCCAUGAAAAAUGUUGGACAUGUACAUUUCUCUAGAAAAAGGGUCUCAUUUGCUGAUAAAGAUGAGCCCAUGUUUGAGUAAAAAUGGCUUCUCUGUUGAAAACGUGCAAAAAAAGUUUAUUUUUUUCAUUGUGAAAAUAGCCAUUUUGAAAAAGGUAACCCACAAAAAACUAAGCUGUGGAGCAAAAUCACAUGAAACUGCUAAAAUUUAUGCAUUAAAUUUCAUAAAUAAAAAAAGAUGAAUUUUGCACAGCACUGUUAACAUGUACAGAAUGCAUCCUACAAACAUAAGACUAUACUGUUUGUACCUCAUUCUGCAAGUAGUCUCGUGGACUUCAGGAAGACUUUAUGUAGAGUAAAAUGCUACUCAGUGUGAGUAUGGGUAUUGCAAUCGAGCCCAUACUUAGGAUUUAUUUUUAAAAAGUGUAAAUGUACUUAAGAGUGAAGCAGUUCCAUAAUUACACUUUUAUUUUAAAACCCUCAAAUUACUACCUUUAAACUAUGAAGACUCUGUUUGUGUAGCAUCAUUGGCAUGGUUUGUCAGAGCUGAGCUAACAUAGUCCCCAUGUCAUUAAUAAAAAGGAAUGUUUUCUGUGGUCAUAUGUUGUUUUGAUUCUAACACAAACAGUUUAGAUGGUAGAAAUUUGUACAGCAGGUGGUGGAUCCCACAGCUUAGGAGAUAUUUAGGGUAUCAGCUAUUUGAAUACAAGUUACAGAUAAUAGAAUAGGUGUGGAUAAUAAGCUUCAUGCUUCUUUUUCACAUGCUACUCAAGAGCUACCGUUAACACUGAGCCAAGGAAUUGGUAUGCUGCAGGGAGAGAGAUGCUGUAAAAGAGGCACUUAAAAUAUUAUUGUCCUGUUAAAAAUGAUGGGCCAAACUCCAUUGUGGUGUGGCUUUUUUUGCACCAAACCACUGAGGUAAUCUAGCUGUGGAGCCAUCUUAACUGGAUCCAGAGGGACUAUCCCAAUAUAAGGCUGAUCUACCAGAGGGGUGGGGUGAUUUAGGGGUUCUUGUGCCUUUUCAGCCACCUGUGGCUGGGAUAGCAAGGGAAAAAGGCAUGGGUGGGGAAAGUGGGAGAUGACCAAGUUGCUCCUGCAUUAUGCUAAUCAUUGGCCAUAUUUUCAGUUCCUUGUGGCCAUUGAAACUCACAUGCUGUUUUAACAUAGCAUGGGGGGAAUGGCCUGCACACAGCAGCUACCAAGAUCAUAGGAGUGCAAAGGUGCGCUUUCAGUCAUCUUUGCACACCAUUGACCAACACUCUUCACAAUUUGGCUGCCACAUGGGACCUGAUCCCAUAUGUUCAAAUAGUAAUUUCCUUGCCUAUGUUACUAAUAAUGCAUUUGAUUAUUAAAACUGAAAGAGUAUUGCAAGUGUAAAUUAUUUUCUGCCAUUUAUUGGCUUGUUUAUGUACUCUUUCCAUUUCUUAAGGAUUGGGCAAUGAGAAUAGACUAGUCUGGUUCCCUUUGGUUUCUAGUCAGUUUCACUUUAAAUUUCUCCUCUCUAAGCACAAGACUGCACUUUUGUAUUGUAAAUAUAGAUUGGGAAUAUUUGUGUUUGUUUUUCUUUUGAAAUAUCAACAACAGAAUUAUUGGAAAUAUUUGUGUUGGUCUUAAAUUUGGUAAAAACUUACCUUUACAAACCUAAUUGUGUGGCCAGAUUUGACCUGACAAAACUAGGAGCCAAAGUACCAUAGCCUGAUAGUGAUUCUAGAAAACCUUGCAUCCAAGUAAAGUUCCUGCUACUGCCUCAGAAUUAACGCUUCUUCAAAACCUGAUAAAGUCUCAUUGUCCUACUUUUAAAAGUAAAGAGUUUUUAACUCAGUAGAAGUGUCAUGGUGAAUCGAGCUUGACCAUCCGUAUAUAACAGUAAGAUUUAGUUCAUACAAAAACUGGAAUUCUGUGUUGGCUGAAAUUGUUUGGAAUGCAGUGAGUGAUAAUAAUUCCCAAGUCUGUUGACCAUCAGGGUAUGCUGUGGGGCCUGUCUGUUUUCCCAUUCUUUCGAGAAAGAUGUGAGUUUGGAAUUUGUAUGUGGGUAUAAAGGAAUGCUUAUUGAUAGUUAUGAAGGGUUAAUUUGGGUAAGCAAUAUUUGGGCUAUUUUUAUAAGAUUUGUAAUUGUUUUUACUGUAUAUGCACCUAAAACAAACAGCCAUAUUUAAAAAAUCUAAAUAAAAGUAAUUCUCCUUAGUCACAUUGAUUUGUCAAACAGCAAGCAGGAUUAAGAUUAAAUUAUUUUCCUUUCACUUCCACUAUUUGUAAAUUAGAAAUCACCCUUGGAAGCCAAUGGUGUUACUCUUAUGUAAAACUGGUGGAAGGGAAAGGAGAAUCAGAUCCCAAAUUUUUAGGUGGGUCACACAGACCCAGAUUUUGACUCAUCUUAAAAUUGAUAGAAUGUAGACAAUGUUUAGAUUAUAAAGGCCCCAUGCAGCAGAAAACUGACUGCUGGCCAAUGGAAGUUUUGGCUCGCUGUGUAGUCACAGAUGGCAAGAUUUAUCAUUGACCUACAGCCGCCUUGCACUGUAAUUCCUGACACAAAUGGGCUGUAGGGCAGGAAUAAAGUCCACUAAUGAAUAGCAUUGGCUCGAGGGGGCUUCUAUGCCAGGAAUCGAGCUGGGUUUGCCCUGCCCCCCCAUAGAAGCCUUUAACACAGGGUGUGUUCUGCAGUAUAUUGGGGUAGGAGGAGGCAUGGCCAGCACACUCUUUUGCCCUGAUGAUUUCCCAAUGUUGCAAAACCCAUAAGGGUCCUAUGCUGCACAAGGGACUAACCAAUCUCUAGCAUGUCCUUAUUAUGAGGUGUUUUUUUCUUUGGUAGAGGUUGUGUAAUGCUGAAAACUGCACCCUUUUUGUUGCCAUGUGUAUGGAAUGGGGUUGUUGAAAUGUUUCUGGGAAACACUGAACUUUUUCAGAAUAUUCUCCCACCUCAACCUCCAUAUGGGUAGGAGUGGUGAUUAGGAUCUUUCCCUGACUGACUGACAUUUUUAAUCCGCGAAGAAUUUUAAAAGCACUACCUAGUUUAAAGAACUGACUGACAAUGCCGUUGUGAAUAGAUUUCAGCCCGGCUAAAGAUUCACCUAUAGCAAGUGGAGAUCAGGAAAGCCCUUCUGCAACAGCAACAGGGAUGGGGCACCCAGUCCAUAUCAGACAAUGCAGGAGUUAGCAUUGGUAUGUAUACACACACACACUUCAAGCAAACUUUUUAACACACUAGACUAUCAGAACUGUGCUGACAUCACUGCCAUUCUAAAUUACAUUUAAGGCACCACUGACAUAAACAAGAAAUUAACAGAUAUCAUAAUUCCACUCAUGACAUCAGAUGCUCACUGCUGGUAUUGUGGGAUGUCUGUACAUACACAGGGAGACAGCUAAAUACAUGCCAUAACAAUACGGCUCCAAGGCUUAAAAUGCAGAGUUAUCAGCAAGUACUUGCAGGUUCAAGUCUCCCUGUAGGCAAAGGAUUUUCUUUUUAAUUUUGUUUUGUUUUUCCUUAGUUUGAUUUGACAUUUCUCUUUUCUCUUUCAGUCCUUAUCUGGAAAAUAAAAAAAGGUUAUGUGGGUGUGUUUUUCCUUCCUCCUCUCUUACCCCUGAAAAAGCAGAGAGAUGGGAAGAAAAGCAACAAGUAGCCUCAGGUACAUCUCAGAAUUUAGUUCCAGGAGUGCAACAGACCCACCUGAUAGCAGCCGCGCUGCAGCUAGCAUGGUUGGCCCCCUGUGUAAGGAUAGACUUACUGUGAUAGUAGCAGAGAACAUCUGCUGUCACAAUACAUCUUUGUACACAGGUAGAGCCAGCAAAAGAAGCUAUGUUUGCUUCUACUUUAUACAAAACAGAGGAUGGGGGAGGUCAGAGUUACCAUAUACAGAAAGAUAAACUGAGUAAUAAUAGAAAUGUUACUUUCAAAUUUGCAAGAGGCCUUAUAAAGAGCGAGGAGUGAAAAAUCAAAAACUAUUUUAAAAAUGCGUUUGACAUUCCCUAUUUAAUUCUGAAGUUGCUGUGUCAAUUGAAAAGUGUAUUUUAUAGGACUGUCAACCCCCUUAGAAAUAAGGCUACGCUUAUUGUUUUACUAAGGAUGCCCUAAUCCCUCUUUUUAGCCUGUGUGAUAUAAACCUACCUUAAUGGUUAUCAGUAUUAAAUGUGAAAUUAUUUUGCAAACAUUUAAAAUGUUAGUCUUAUGAAGAUGGAAGUUAAAAUUAAAUACACAUACAAAAUUUUGUAAAAGUUAAGUCAAAUAUAUUGGAAUUGAAAAGCGCUAUCGCCUAUAAUUUUCUUAUUGUAGGGCUCUCUGUUUGUUGUGAAAUCUGUACUGUAUUUAUCAUGGGAAAUAUCCAUGUCAGUAUAUCACAGUGUUCCAUAUUUCCCAAUGUCUAAUUUAUUAUUUGGGUUAUGUGAGGGCUUUGAAAAUGGAUUACUAGAUCUUUAAAUUCAUGCUUUUCCUCCCCCAUCUUUUUUUUUUUAAUAUAGUUUUUUUAUAUAUUUCUUUGUGCCUUCUGUCAUUUUACAUUUCUGCAUGUUUAGUAAUAGAGCUCACUCGUGUAGCUAAUGCAUAUGUACAUAGUUGUGUGUAUGAAUGUGUUUAUAUCUAUCUCCGUGUAAUAUAUUAUGUACAGUGUAUAUAAAGUGUGUAUGUAUAUGUACAUAUAUGUAGCCAUGUAUUCAUACAUCUUUAUAUGUUAAAGAAAGUUUAUGAUUGAGUUGCUAAUCUGGGCCUUCCUAAUCUUCAUUUCUUGGCUCAGGCUCAGCCCUGCCUUAAGCAGGAUCAUCUCCAUUAACUUCAGUAGAGUUCUACCUGUUUCUAAACCAAGGCUGAAUUUGGUACUUUGUCCUCAGUGCUUUUUAAAAAAAUCCAAGUCAUUUGAGAUUUUCAAGUUAUUUUCUCAGCCUUUUCUCAUGACUGGUAGGAGCCAUCCAACUGAGAGUUUGUAGAAUCUACAAUUCCCAAGGGAAAACAUGAAAUAAAAAUAGAAGGUAAAUAUUCCCCUAUAUUCUUGAUAGACACAGAGGGGCUUUUUCUAGCCUUCUGAGAGAGGUCUAUUUGUAAAUUUUUUAAGUGAUUUCUUUAAGUCUCCAUUAGUGGCUACUUAGAAGAAAGGUUGCCAUGUAUCUUUGAACUAUACCCCACAGAAUAAAGCAAAAGGCAGAAUGCAAUGCAUGGUGCAAUAAAUGUCAUUUCUAAAAUCUUCAGCAACAAGAUCAUAACAGUCAUGUCAUAGAGUUUAAAGCCAGAAGGGACCACCAGAGCAUCUAGUCUGACCUCCUGUAUAUUACAGGCCAACAUCACCCAGUGCCUGCACACUAAAUCCAACAACUGAAAUUAGACCAAAGUAUUACAGCCCACAGGAAACUAAACUAUCGUGUAUCAUAGGCAAAGAAUAAAAGGGACUACGGUGUACAAGUGCCUGAGGCCCCUGCAGUGGCAGGGAAAUGAUUUAGUGAGAUAUACCCAGAUAAUCCUGGCAAGUGAUGUGCAUCCUCAUGCCACGGAGGGAGGCAAAGAAACCCAAAGGUCGCUGCCAGUCUGUCCUGGGGGGAAAUUCCUUCCUGAUCCCACAUAUGGCAAUCAAUUAGACUCCGAGCAUGUGAUCAACAACCAGCCAGCUGAACACAUGAGACAGAGAAUGUUCAGUGCCACCUCAGAGCCCUGCCCCACCCUGCCCAAUGUCCCAUCUCCAGCCAUGGCCAUCCCUGAUGCUUCAGAGAAUAGACAUUAAAAAAACCACCCAGAAUAUACUGGGGGAGGGAAUCCUGAAAGCAUGAGAUUUUAGGAACAUGAGAAAUAAACCGGAAAUGAGCCCCAGGGCUACUGAGUCCUGCCCCCUACCAUCAGAAGCAACCCUGAAGCUACACUCAACAAUUUGUCCAACUCUCUCUUAAAAAUAAUUAAGUUGUUUGCCCCCACAACUCAUAUUGGAAGGAUGUUCUAGAGCCUCACCCCACUAAUUUGUUCAAGGCCAGUUUAUUUUUUUCUUGUGCCAACAUUGUUCAUGAGCUUAAAUAGGUCUUCACUGCCCGCUCCCUUCCCAGUAUUAACUGCCCUAAUGUAUUUAUGGGAAGUAAUCAUAUCCCCUCUCAACCUUAUUUUUCCUAGAUUAAGCAAGCCAAGCUUUUCCAGUCUUCUCUUGUAAGAUAGACCCUCUAUUCCUCUGAUCAUCCUAGUAGCUCUUCUCUGCACCUGUUCCAGUUUGAAAUUUGAAUUAAUCAUUUUUGAGCCUGGGUCGGAAUAGUACACAGUAUUCCAAAGGAGGUCUUACCAGUGCCUUGUACAAUAGCAUUAAUACUUCUCUAUUUCUAAUGGAAAUGCCUCGCCUGAUACGUCCUAGGAUUGCAUUUGCCUUUUGCACAGCCAUAUCACAUUGGUGGCUCAUAGUCAUCCUGUGAUCUGCCCACACACUCAUGUCUCUCACUUCCUCUGUCGCUUACAACUGAUGAGCUCUUAGCUUGUUGCAGAAGUUCUUAUCAUUAGUCCAUAAGUGCAUAACAUUGCAUUUUGUACUAUUGAAUUUCAUCCCAUUUCUCUCACUCCAGUCUUCCAGGUCAUCCGGAUCUUUCUGUACAAUAUUCCGAUCCUCCCCUGCAUUGACAGUGCCUCCCACCUUUGUGGUGUAAAAUGUCAUGUUUUUUUCAUAAUCAGUAUGCUAAACUAUCUGUUUAUAUGGAAAUUGAAAUUAGAGUAAGCUCCAGGUUUAGACUACAUUCCUCUAUACUAUAUUCCUUGUUUCUAUCGCAGAAGGGCUGAGAGGAGUGUGCUGAAACAGUCCCCUCACAUGCUCUGUUUCUAUAAAAAUAGAGAUCGGUGGCAACUACACUGAAGGAAAUGAUCAGUCAGAAGUAUGUAAGGGUACAGAAUUGUCCAUAUGAGUUUUUAAUUCAGUUUUUAAUGUUGUUUUCUUCAAUAGUUUAAAAAAUAAAACAACUUCAGUUAGCUGUGCAAGUAACAUCUGAUUAUGGAUAUUAAAUGCUCAGAAAACUGAACAAUUACAUUAUUACUGAUAAAGACAUGAGAGGCACUGAGAACUCCUCUAUCACAAAGAAUUUCUUAAAUUCAUUUUUUUCUGAGGUUAAUGUAAUUAUUUUUGCACAAGGCUUUUUAUGUAAAUCCAAGUUAGCAGAAAGGAAAAUUAACAAGAUCUACAGACCUUUCAGUAAUUUAAGUUUUUAAAAUAUUCUCCCUUAGAAUAAUUUUGUACAUAUCUUGGACCCAAAUCUUUGAACACUCCAUGUACUCAACUCCCAUUGCCAUCUGAUGUCAAGGGGAACACCUCACAUGUGUAAGCUUUUGCAGGAUAUGGGCCUUGGUUGUAAGGUCUUUGCUGUGAAGAAUACUAAGAAUGUGUUCCUUUUUGCCAUACUGUUUAAUAAACAUAUGUAGACUGUUUCAAAUAUCGAUUUUGUGAAACAUCCAUCUUUUUAACAUUUCAAGCCCAAUUUCUGAGGCCUUCUGCAUGUAAAAUGCCCAUUUAAAUCAAUGGGAGCAUUUCUUGCACAAGAUGGCCCUUCCUUUGGUGUCAUGACAAUCACACCAUUUGAAUAUUCUUGCUUUUCUGUUGAAAAUAGAAUGGCAACCUUAAUGUCUUUAAAUGCUUUUUUAUUUCAAGAACAUUUUUUAAGGUUAAGAAAUGGAUUGGGAUGUUGAUCAGAAUUGCAGCCAUUUCAAAGAAUAAUAGUUAAACUGCGAAUUUAAAAAAUAAUACCCAUAUUCUAAGACUGAAGGGUUAUGGAACUCACAAGUUUGAAUUUUUUCUCUUUUGAAAGACAAAAUGUGUUAAAUAUAAAUGUGGAUGAAAUGUGUUAUGUACUAUCUUGCAGGAACUACAGGAUGUGAAAUCAGCUUCCUGUAGUGAUCACAGACCGCCAAAUUCUGAGAAGUGCUGAGCAGCUUCCGUUCCCAUUGUAGGUGCUCUGCACCUCUCAGUAAUUGGCUCAUUGCACAUAAAAAUCUGUUCCUAGAAACAUCUAUUACUGCAAAGGAAGUACAAAGCCAUUUGAAGAGUUUUGUUUUACCAUUUAGAUUUUAAAAAGGGGAAUUAAUAGAUUUCAAGUUAGACAUGGGGAUAUCCUUUAGAAAAGUAUGUUAUUUAUAGAGCAUAUUUGUUUUUUUAUCAUCUGUGGUAUUAAGUUCAGGUUCUGGAAUAUUUUCCUAUAAUCCAUCUGUUCUUUAAAAUAUAUUGUAAGCCAGUGUUCAAACACUUUUAUAACUGAAAAACUGCACAUUUUUCAUUGUAUAAUUGUAUGUAUUUGGCAUACCUAUGAGCUCUGAGCUCUUACAAAAAUACCCCACUUGUUACAAAGGGAAUUGUCUGCUAUAGUUCCUUGGGAUAUUUUUUGUAAUCCUCUCUUCUUCAUUGUUUAGAAAACUGUUGUUUAUGCUAUUACAUUAAUUACAGGUUUAAAACCUGUUAAAGCUGUUGCUUUCUCACAGCUUCUUUGUGAAAUCAGCUUUGUAUAUGUGAUGGCAUUUAAAAAUAAUAGCAUGAGUUUUUUAAUCUGAAUUUUAUAUCUAAUCAGUGUCUUCAGUCAUGAAGAGAAAUUUGCAUUGUUGUGUUUGUAUAUAGAGUAUUGCAGUGCAUGAAUUAGCUUAUGCAUUUUAUUAAAUGCAGUUUAAAUGUGGCAUUACAUUGUUGUAGCUUAAUACUACUACCUAAAUGAGGUUUAUACUAUUAAAGUGAAUUACAAACCUAAA